GUUUGAACAUGUUCGCUCGGAAAAUGUUCUCCGAUGGAUUUCGAUGAUUUCCUCAUCGAGUACGAUCUCACGCCGGCGCAGCUGCAGCUGGCCAACCGCCUCAAGGCGGAGGCCAACCUCAGGCAGCUUCUAAAUGUGCUGGGCGACCAUGCGCUCUUCUUCAGCCGAAGGCCGAGGCCUCCGGUGGACAACGCCAAGCGCCGGGAGGUGAUUGCCUGGUUUUCCUCGCUUUCUGUGGAGGAGCGCAUGGCGACCCUCACCUGCCAUGACGAGGGCUGGGUGCAGGCAGCGCUGAAGAUGAGCCGCCAAGGCAACUCCAGUCCGCAAUGUGCCGGGGGCCACUUCAAGGUGAGCCUGAAGCCCGCGAGCUCGAGUCGGGCCACCCGUCGGCAGGCGAGGGAGGUGAAGGUGCAGUACCGGCGGCCACACAGGCUGCCGGAUGGCGAGGUUCUGGCACCCCCGGCCACGCCUGCCUUCCGCAGGGCAGCUGGUCGCUUGGAGUUGGAGCUGCGCGCCUUCCGGGCCGCCGUCUGCGUGGUGGCUUCCCCGUUUCUGGUGGAGGACACCGAGGCCUUCGUUCGCCUCCUCGACGAGGUCUCUUUGGGCAGAUUCCUGGAGCAAGAGCCGGUGAAGUCUCUGACGCCCUGGCAGGAGGCUGCCUGGCUGGGGCAGUGGGGCAGCCACUUCCCCCUGGGGGCCUUUCUAGCAUCACGCCUAGAGGUGCUGCUCCUGGAGGGCUUCGCCUCGCGCCAGGUGGCGGAUCCUCCGCCGAUCCUUGCCAGGGCAGAGGUUUGGGCCUCCAUGCCGGUGGAGCAGCAGCAGCUGUCCCUGGCCCGGCUAGGCCGGCUUCUUUUCCGGCGCCUCCUGGCGGAGAGUGCCAAGGCGAGCCAGGACCCAGACGCGCUGCCGCUGUGCCUUUCCGGACUGUUGGAUGUGAAGGAGGCCCUCGAGUGGCCGAAGGCCAAGCCUUUGGAGCUGAUCUACGCGGCUUCGACUGCCCCGUUGCACGAGGAUCUGGAGGCUGAGGUCACUUCACCGAAGGCCUGGCUCCACCAGCAGCUCGCGGCGGAGCUGGCGGUGCUGUGCAGCGAAUGGAGCGCCGCGCUGCUGUCCAAAAACCUGGAGCAAGAUGCCUUGAGGAGCCAGCCCCGGCUGUCCAAGAAGCAGAAGCAGAAGCUGCGGCGCCGGCGCGCGGCCCGGGUGAGAUGUGCAGUGGAUUGGCAGGGUUUCAUCCGUGUCAAGUGCCGGUCUUUGUCCAUCAGGGCGGACUCGGAAGUGGGAGAUCUGCUUGCAUUCAAAGAGGAUCGCGGCAAGAAGGCUGAGCUGAACGGAAUGGACGAGCCUACCACCCAGGUUGUCCUCAUGGAGCUUCGGGCCUUGAUCCAGGAGGAGUUCCUGAAGCAGUCCGAGAUCCUGUUGGAGCUCACAGCGGACAUGCGAAUGCAUUUGGCCUUCCCGCCGCAGACCGCGGUCAAGGAGUCGGGAGCCACACUGCGGCCAGAAUCCCAGAAGGCCAUGCGGUCUCAGCCCUUCCACCUCAAGCCCGAAAACUACCGGCCGGAGGAGAAGGUCUUGCAGGCGACGAGUCAAGGCUAA